AUAAAUAAGUCGGUUACUAUUACAAACGCACAGCUAAAUCCCAACGUCUAUAUUUUGGAUAUUUUCCCUUCUUUUCGAUUUCAUCUAGGGAAAAAAAAACCAAAAAAUGAGCGGUUUAACCUCACCGCCUCUUUCAAAUACUCUGUAGUUCUACACUUCUUUAUCUCUAUUCCGGCUCUCUACAUCACUCCCCAAUGCUAAAAGGGAUAGUCUUUGGUGUUAAUUAUAUGUGUCUGGUUUUUGGUAUUUUUGGCAAGGCUUUGCGGUUUUGUUCAGCUAAUUAGGCUCGUGAUAAAUUUUAGUAGCUGCCAAGAAAAAAGAUGAAAAGGAAUGUUAGAAUUUCUGAGACGUGCAUGUACAAGAUGGACAACUGUGUAAUUUUUGUGCGUUUUAGAUUUAUCUUUCAACUGAAUAUGAUGCAGCCACUUAUUGCCUCAAUUGCAUGAGAAAAGCCUCAUCUGCCUCCUAUCAUUGGCUGCAUGGAUCCUCAAAAUUUUCCUCCUCCUAUGCCCGGUCAGUUCCGACCUGUUGUUCCAGCACAGCAAUCAGAACAGUUUGUUCCAGUGGCUCCUCAACAGUUUCAACCUGUUGCCAGAGGAGUUAUUGUGAUGAAUGCCGGGUUUCCUCCUCAAACUCUGCAACCCCAAUUUCCUCAAGUAAUGCAGCAGUUACCAGCAAGACCAGGCCAACCAGGCCAUAUUCCACCUGCGCCACUGGCAGUUUCAUUGCCAACUGCUCAACCAAAUCGGCAUGUCAGUCCAGGGGCAUCACUGCCUCAACCUUAUACUCAAACUCCAAAUAAUUACGUGUCUGGGGUCCCAGCAUCGAACCUUUCUUCAUCAUAUACUUUUGCACCAUCUUCUUACGGUCAGGUGCCGGUGUCUCAUAAUGCCAUGGCUCAAUAUCAACCCAUGGCACAAUUGCAGGCACCGUGUGUUCCUGUUGGAUGCCAGGUGGGUAUCCAUGUGGGCCAGAGUACUUCUUCUGUUAUAUCUGUGCAGCAAAUUGGGGAACAACCAUCUGUUUCCAGUUCCAUAGCUACCAUACCAGCACCUAUCAUUGAGCCGAUGCCCACUGAAGAGGCUCCAACAGAUUGGAUAGAGCAUACUUCUGCAAAUGGAAGAAGAUAUUAUUACAAUAAGAAGACACAGCAAUCUAGUUGGGAGAAGCCAUUGGAAUUGAUGACACCUAUUGAGAGGGCAGAUGCAUCAACUAAUUGGAAAGAAUUUACAAGUCCUGAUGGAAGAAAGUAUUACCACAACAAGGUUACAAAUCAAUCAACAUGGUCAAUGCCCGAGGAGCUGAAGUUGGCUCGUGAACAAGUAGAAAUGGCACCUGCUAAAGGAAAAAAGUUGGAAGUUUUUUCUAAUAUUCCAGCUCCUUCACCUCAUGUGAUUAAAGCAUCAUCUGGUGCUGAUACACCAUCUACAACAAUUCAAGAAGCUUCCUCGAGUCCAGUUCCAGUGGCACCAGUUCUUGCUACUAGUAAUAUCCAACCUGUGGUGGUUUCUGGAUCAGAUUUACCUGUUGGAGCUUCUUCAACAGUGACCAAUGUACAUGUGGUUCAGACGGCUGCAGAGACUAUUGCAUCAUCUGCUGCUGUUUCAGAAAGUUCUGAAGUUUCUAUCACUGUGGUUGAUACUGUUACAGCACCAAUGAAUAAUAUCAGCAAAGUUUCUUCUUUGGAUAUGGAAACUGUAAAAGAUGUGGUAGUGAGUGAGAAAAUUAACAAUGUAUUGGAAGAGAAAGCAAUUGAUCAAGAGCCUUUGAUUUAUGCCAGCAAGCAUGAGGCUAAGGAUGCAUUUAAAGCACUUUUGGAGUCUGCAAAUGUUGGUUCUGACUGGACAUGGGAUCAGGCAAUGAGAUUAAUAAUAAAUGACAAAAGAUAUGGUGCUUUGAGAACACUUGGAGAGCGGAAACAAGCUUUUAAUGAGUUUUUGGGUCAAAAGAAAAAACAGGAGGCUGAGGAAAGGAGAAUUAAACAGAAAAAAGCACGGGAAGAAUAUAGAAAAAUGUUAGAAGAGUGCUUGGAGCUGACAUCAUCCACAAGAUGGAGCAAAGCAGUUACUAUGUUUGAAGAUGAUGAGAAGUAUAAAGCUGUGGAACGGGACAAAGACAGGAAGGAUCUUUUUGAGAAUUAUGUUGAUGAACUCCGGCAAAAGGAACGGGUGAAGGCACAGGAGCAGCACAAGCAGAAUAUAAUGGAGUACAGGCAAUUUUUGGAAUCUUGCGACUUCAUUAAGGCAAAUAGCCAAUGGCGAAAAGUUCAGGACCGCUUAGAGACUAAUGAAAGAUGCUCACGUCUUGAAAAAAUUGACCGCUUGGAAAUAUUUCAGGAAUAUACACGGGAUUUAGAGAAGGAAGAAGAGGAGCAGAGGAAGAUACAAAAGGAAGAACUGAGAAAGGCAGAGCGUAAAAAUCGUGAUGAGUUCCGCAAGUUGAUGGAAGGACAUGUUGCUGCAGGCACUUUUACUGCCAAAACUCACUGGCGUGAUUAUUGCAUGAUGGUUAAAGAUUCAGCGCCCUUUGUGGCAGUUGCAUCCAACACCGCAGGUUCAACUCCAAAAGAUUUGUUUGAAGAUGUAGCUGAGGAGCUUCAGAAACAGUAUCAUGAUGAUAAAGUUCGAGUAAAGGAUGCAGUGAAGUUGAGAAAGAUCUCUUUGGCAUCAACUUGGACACUCGAAGACUUGAGGGCUGCUAUUGCAGAGAAUAUUAGCUCUCCACCUAUAUCAGAUGUUAACUUGAAGCUAGUUUUUGAGGAAUUGCUUGAAAGGGUCUGGGAGAAGGAGGAGAAAGAAGCUAAGAAGCGUAAACGUCUUUUUGAUGACUUCUUUGAUUUCCUGCAUUCUACAAAGGAAAUUACUUUAUCUUCCACAUGGGAGGACUGCAAACAUCUUUUUGAAAGUAAUCAGGAGUUCAGUUCCAUUGGGGAUGAAGACUUUUACAAGGGGAUAUUUGAUGAAUACAUAACACUGUUGAAAGAAGGGGCAAAAGAGAAGGAGCGAAGAUGGAAGGAAGACAAGGCAAAGAAGGAAAAAGAGAGAGAGGGGAGGAAGACAAAGCAUGGAAGGGACAAAGAGAGAGGGCAUGAAAGAGAAAAAGAUGAACACUUGAGGGAGAGGCCUUCUGAAGUACAUGUUGAUGUGGGUGAAAUUCAUGAUGACAGUGAAAAUAAAAGAUCAGGAAAAGGUGAUGGUAAGAAACAUCGAAAGCGGCAUCAAAGUUCUGUGGAUAAUUUGAAGGAAAGUGAAAAAGACCGGGCUAAGAAUACCCACGGGCAUAGUAGUGAUCGCAAAAAAUCAAAAAAGCAUGCAUCUACACCUGAAUCAGAUAGUGAAAACAGGCAUAAAAGACCAAAGGGAGACCAUCGGAAUGGUUCACAUAGAAAUGUUGACCCUGAGGAGCUUGAAGAUGGGGAAUUUGGUGAGAAGGAAAGUCGGUUUUAUCUGUAAGAUUCUGCAAGCAAUGUGAGACACAGUAAAAUCAAGUUGAUCAAGCUUUCUUAAAAGUUGCUUCUUAUCGUUCAUG